UGUCCGUGUGUGAGGGAGAGAGCGAGAGAGCGAGCGAGCGAGAGUGAGAGAGAGAGAGAGAGGGAGAGAGAGGGAGUGAGUGUGAGUGCCCGCUGGGGUGGUGGCCGUUACGUUCGGGGCAACGGCUCCGGCCGUGGAGAAGUACGAAGACAGACAACGUCGGGCGCUUCCGCCUUCGCCGAGGAGGAGCUGGUAGGGAGAGAAAAGUGCUUUCGCCCGGGGCCUGGGCGCGACCCGUUGGGGCCGGUGCGGGUGCUGGGCUAUGAGCCUUUGAGGGUCGCUUGGGACUCGGAGCCAGCCCCGAGAGCCAUGUCUCAGCCGCCGCCGCUGCCGCCGCCGCCGUCGCCUCCCCCGGAGGCUCCGCACGCUUCGUCGUCGUCGGCGGCGGCGGCUACUCCGGGGGGCCUCUCCAAACGCAGAGACCGGAGGAUCCUUUCCGGGAGCUGCCCGGAUCCCAAGUGCCAGGCGCGUCUCUUCUUCCCGGCCUCCGGCUCCGUCAGCAUCGAGUGCACCGAGUGCGGACAGCGGCACGAGCAGCAACAGCUGCUCGGGGUGGAGGAGGUGACCGACCCGGACGUGGUGCUGCACAACCUGCUGCGGAACGCGCUCCUCGGGGUGACGGGGGCGCCCAAGAAGAACACGGAGCUCGUGAAGGUGAUGGGCCUCUCCAACUACCACUGCAAAUUGUUGUCGCCCAUAUUGGCACGCUACGGAAUGGACAAACAGACGGGCCGGGCCAAGCUUCUCCGGGACAUGAACCAGGGCGAACUGUUCGAUUGCGCUUUGCUGGGUGAUCGAGCCUUCCUCAUCGAACCAGAGCACGUGAACACGGUGGGCUACGGCAAGGACCGCUCCGGGAGCCUCUUAUAUUUGCAUGACACCCUUGAGGAUAUCAAGAGGGCCAAUAAAAGUCAGGAAUGCCUCAUUCCCGUGCAUGUGGAUGGGGAUGGACACUGUCUGGUGCACGCCGUGUCUCGGGCUCUGGUAGGCCGAGAGCUCUUUUGGCAUGCCCUGAGAGAGAAUCUUAAACAGCACUUUCAGCAGCACCUGGCCCAGUAUCAAGCCCUGUUUCAUGACUUCAUUGAUGCUGCAGAGUGGGAGGACAUUAUCAAUGAGUGUGACCCUCUGUUUGUGCCACCCGAAGGCGUCCCCUUGGGCCUAAGGAACAUUCACAUAUUUGGCCUUGCUAAUGUGUUACAUCGUCCCAUAAUUCUCUUAGAUUCCCUCAGUGGCAUGAGAAGCUCUGGUGAUUAUUCAGCCACCUUUCUACCUGGGCUCAUACCUGCAGAGAAAUGCACUGGGAGAGAUGGGCACUUGAACAAGCCCAUUUGUAUUGCGUGGAGUAGCUCUGGUAGAAACCAUUAUAUCCCUUUGGUUGGCAUUAAAGGGGCUGCUUUGCCCAAACUGCCUAUGAACUUGCUUCCUAAAGCGUGGGGUGUGCCUCAGGACCUUAUUAAAAAGUACAUCAAACUUGAAGAGGAUGGCGGUUGUGUUAUUGGUGGAGACAGAAGUUUGCAAGAUAAAUACUUACUUAGGCUGGUUGCCGCUAUGGAAGAAGUCUUUAUGGACAAACAUGGUAUCCAUCCUAGCUUAGUUGCUGAUGUGCAUCAGUAUUUCUACAGAAGGACUGGGGUGAUAGGAGUUCAGCCCGAGGAAGUUACAGCAGCUGCUAAAAAGGCAGUAAUGGAUAAUCGCCUUCACAAAUGUUUGCUUUGUGGUGCCCUUUCUGAACUUCAUGUUCCUCCAGAAUGGUUGGCUCCAGGAGGGAAACUGUAUAACCUGGCAAAAAGUACUCAUGGACAGCUGAGGUCUGACAAAAAUUACAGCUUUCCCUUGAACAAUUUGGUUUGCUCAUAUGAUUCAGUGAAAGAUGUUCUGGUACCAGACUACGGAUUGAGUAAUCUAACAGCUUGUAAUUGGUGCCAUGGCACAUCCGUGCGAAGGGUCAGAGGAGAUGGAUCUAUUGUGUAUUUGGAUGGAGACAGAACUAAUUCUAGGUCCACUGGUGGCAAAUGUGGUUGUGGAUUCAAACACUUUUGGGAUGGUAAAGAAUAUGAUAAUCUACCAGAAGCUUUCCCUAUCACUUUGGAAUGGGGAGGAAGAGUGGUGAGAGAAACAGUAUAUUGGUUCCAGUAUGAAAGUGAUCCAUCUUUGAAUAGUAAUGUUUAUGAUGUUGCAAUGAAACUUGUUACCAAGCACUUUCCAGGUGAAUUUGGGAGUGAGAUUCUGGUUCAGAAAGUUGUCCACACAAUAUUGCAUCAGACUGCCAAAAAGAAUCCUGAUGAUUAUACUCCUGUAAAUAUAGAUGGUGCUCAUGCCCAAAGAGUUGGAGAUGUGCAAGGACAAGAAUCAGAGUCUCAGCUGCCAACUAAAAUCAUUCUUACUGGACAGAAAACAAAAACUUUGCACAAGGAAGAAUUAAACAUGAGUAAAACUGAAAGGACUAUCCAACAGAAUAUUACAGAGCAGGCCAGUGCAAUGCAGAAACGGAAAACGGAGAAGUUAAAACAAGAACAAAAAGGGCAGCCCAGAACUGUUUCUCCCAGUACCAUUCGUGAUGGCCCAUCAUCUGCACCUGCUACCCCUACCAAGGCUCCCUAUUCACCUACAACUUCUAAGGAGAAGAAGAUUCGAAUAACAACCAAUGAUGGACGACAGUCCAUGGUUACCCUCAAGUCUUCAACGACCUUUUUUGAGCUUCAGGAAAGUAUAGCCAGAGAGUUCAACAUUCCUCCAUAUUUACAGUGUAUUCGAUAUGGCUUUCCUCCUAAAGAGUUAAUGCCACCCCAGGCAGGAAUGGAAAAGGAGCCAGUUUCUUUACAGCACGGUGACAGAAUUACAAUAGAGAUUCUAAAAGGCAAAGCAGAAGGUGGUCAGUCUGCUGCAGUACACUCAUCCCACUCUGUGAAACAAGAAGAGAUUGCUGUUACUGGCAAAUUGUCAUCUAAGGAACUUCAAGAGCAAGCUGACAAAGAGAUGUACUCCUUGUGUCUUUUAGCAACAUUGAUGGGAGAAGAUGUGUGGUCUUAUGCGAAGGGACUUCCUCACAUGUUUCAGCAGGGUGGCGUAUUCUACAAUAUUAUGAAGAAAACUAUGGGUAUGGCUGAUGGCAAGCAUUGUACUUUUCCACAUCUUCCUGGCAAAACCUUUGUUUAUAAUGCUUCUGAAGACAGACUGGAGUUGUGUGUGGAUGCUGCUGGACAUUUCCCCAUUGGUCCUGAUGUUGAAGAUUUAGUUAAAGAUGCUGUAAGUCAGGUUCGAGCAGAGGCUUCUACGAGAAGUAGGGAAUCGAGUCCCUCACAUGGGUUAUUAAAACUAGGUAGUGGUGGAGUAGUGAAAAAGAAGUCUGAACAACUUCAUAAUGUAACUGCCUUUCAGGGAAAGGGGCAUUCUCUAGGAACUGCAUCCAGUAACCUACACCUUGAUCCCAGAGCCAGGGAAACUCCAGGUGUAAGAAAGCAUAAUACAGGGACAGAUUUUAGUAAUAGUUCCACUAAAACAGAGCCUCCUAUAUUCACAGCUGCUCCUAGUAACAGUGAGCUUAUUCGAAUGGCUCCUGGAGUAGUAACAAUGAGAGACGGCAGGCAGCUUGAUCCUGAUGUGGUUGAGGCCCAGCGAAAAAAAUUGCAGGAAAUGGUUUCUUCUAUUCAGGCUUCAAUGGACAAGCACUUACGGGAUCAAAGUACAGAGCAGUCACCAUCUGAUCUUCCUCAAAGAAAAGUAGAAGUUGUAAGUUCUUCUGUGAGGCCUGGGAACCUUCAGACUGGCUUGCCUGAAUCUUUUGCUUUAACUGGUGGCACUGAAAAUUUGAAUACAGAAACAACUGAUAGUUGUGUGGCAGAUGCACUGGGAGCAGCAUUUGCUACAAAGUCAAAAGCACAAAAAGAAAAUUCUGUGGAGGAGCCUGAAGAAAUGGAUAGUCAAGAUGCUGAGAUGACUAACACAAUUGAGCCAAUGGAUCACUCUUGAUUUAAUUAGAGGCUAAUAAAGUGCGAAUGUUUAUUGUGAAUAUGUAAUAUUUGAUGGCUGGGCCACGUAACUUGAUUAGUCAUUAAAAAUCUUGUACGUAUAUAAUUCAAAGAUUAUAUCUUGUUAUUCAGUGCAUGAUAGCAAGUGUGUGAUUGGCAAUAGCUUUUAAUAUACUGCUGCCCAGGCUGGCUCUGAAUUCCUAUAAAUUAGUUGUUAGAUAUGUUGAAAUGAUUUUUUUUCUAUAUAUGUGGUUUAUUGGAAGUUCGUUGUAAUUUUAAUUUCAUGAAAGUCUUAAUGUUUCAAACAUGAAAAUUCUCUUGCUAAUAUGUUAGGUUUCUACAAAGACCAGAAUUGGGGACAAAAUGAGAUUUUGCUCAUGUUAUCACAAUAGCCAUCCUACAUAUUUAUUGGAGUGUCAAAAUUUUAUGCCAAUUCAAAUUUAUUUGAACUAAAUUGUAUCUUAAUAUUCAUAAAGUGAUUUGUUACACUCUUUGACAGUGCACACAUUAAUAGCUAGCUGUUCCUGGCAAAAAUAUCUUGAGAGUACAGUGCAAUGAUAUAACAGUUUCCCAAUCUGAACAAAGUUGGGAGAAAUACCUAUUCUAGUAUGAUAAAGCCAGUGUGAUUCAGUUAGUUGGUCUGAGCCAACAUGGCCAAUUGUGCGCUCUGUUGAUAUAUAUAUUGCCAUUAUUUUUUUGAAUCCUGGCCUAGUUAAGUUCCAUCUACUUCUUUUAAAUCUUGCAUAAAAGUUGAUUGGAAAUUGUGGUAGAAAUUUUAAGAAUAAUGGUAGCAGUAGUUAAUUUCUAAUUUUUAGAGUAUGUCAGAUUCACAGAGAAUUUCUAAGAAUUGAUCUUUAUGAGUGAGUUACAUUGUUCUGCAACUUUGAUCAAUGGUAUUUAAGUCUGUAUAUGCUAAGUGUCUUUUGAACCACCCUUUGAACCAAAUUGUUUUCUUUUUUCUUAGAGUCUAGAAUAUUUUCCUUAUUUGUUGGCUUCAUUUAGGUUUGAAUACAAGUUUUACUGUCACAUACCAUGAGCAAUUGAGCAUUUGCUUAAAUAAUGCAUUCAUUAAAUCUGUAGUGCCAGUUUUCUCAAGAAGUAGCUCUUGUGCUUAUUUCUUAAAAGCAGAGUGUUUAUCCUGAGAUUGAUGUUGCACUAUUUUAUCCUGUUCUGCAACUGUGUAUUGGAAAUGUACUUUUCAGUCCAUCUUCUUCCUAUGUUCACUAAAAUUAAGUUGAAUUUGAAUGAUAAAGACAAGUGUGUAUUAAUACAAUCACUUACUUAAGAGCAUUCAAAGCUUGUCUCUGUUUGCACAUGUAACAGAUGCAGAACUGUUUGCAGUUCUCAAACUGUACACCAGAAGGUAUAUUAUCAGGUGUUAAAAAAUCUCUACCUGUUGGUUCAUAAAAGAUAUAGUUCAUAUUUGACUUAUUAUUUUUCUAGGUAAGGGAAGUUUUGGUCUUCUUUCUAUGAAAGUGUCUAACUGAACCCACAUGUUAAUUACCCCAUUUUGUUGAAUCAUUUCAUUGAAUAGGGAAAGAAUGGAAAAUCCAGACAUUUGACAAGUGUAUCUGAGCUUAAAAUGUAUAUCUAUAUACACACAUAUGUAUUUAGAUUAUUAUUUAUCAUCAUGUCACAUACUUUGCAAUAUUUUAUCUCCAUUCUUCUACUUCUAAAUUUACUUUCAAGCAUUUUUUAAUCAAAAUAGCAGAAAAAAUUAGAACAUUUUGUGCACUAGUUUCACAUAAGAGAACUACCAAAUAUAUUUAACACUGUUGCUUGUGUAUUAAACUAAAAAUUAUUUUUUAAAAAAGUUACUUCAUUAACCACUGCAUCAUUUUUGAAAUUUUCAGACACUGAAACAUUCUUCCUUUAAUUUUUUUUUUGUUGUUGUUUACAUACAGGAAAGUUACUCAACAAACAAAAUGUAUUGCUUUGAAGUAAAUUGUAUAAUCACCUUUCUUUAACAGAUACCUUCUUCACUUGUGGUGUGGUAUAUUUAGUUAAUGACAAGAUCUCAAAGCUUUAAAGUGAAAAUGUCUCCCUGUUAAAUACUUAAAUUUAGUGUAAGUUAUAAUGCACAUGUGAACAUCCGAAGAUGGGCUUAAUCUCUGACAAUACUUUAUUAAUGUCUCUAGUGACAGCAAUGCUACUUAGAAACUAGUUGGGUGUAAAUAAUAUAAUAACAGUUUGGUUCUCCCUUGAUAAAGAAUAAAAGGCUUGAUUCUGAGAUGUGAUUGAAUUUCUUGAAGUUACUUUAAAUCAGCUGAAAAAUUUGCAUGGGAUAAUUUUUAUAGGUAGGCCAGGUAUCAUUCUCACAAAGUUUUAGAACAGGUUAUUUUUUAAAAAUGUCAUCCUUGUAUUUGUUUAUAUAUCUGUAAGUUUAAAAAAAACAUUUGUGAUACCACUGCAUCUUUGAGUCCAAGCUAAAAAUGUCAAUCAAAGUACUUUUUAAUUCUAGAAGUAACAUAACUAUAAUCCAAUCCUAUUCAAUUCUAUAUGUAGUCUUUAACUGAGUGUUGAAAUAAUAUUGUAAUGUAAAUAUUUUUCUUCAGUAAUCUGUUCUAUAUUCAUACCAAGUUUGAGUUGAUGACCCAAAGUCCAUGUAGUUAAAGGUGGUAUAUGCUUAGUAUACUGGUUGAAAGAAACAAGACACUGCCAAGCAUUAUGAGAUAGAAUAUAAUUAGCUCCAAAGGAAUGGUUACUCAGGAACUAAAGAGCAAGCCUAUACAUCCUAUCCCACCUCCCCUUAAAUAUGUUUUAAGUGUUUUUUGAAAAAUAUAAGGAAAGAGGCCUGAGAAACUUAACAAAUGCUAUUGACUGAAGAUCGCUUUGUAUCGUCCUUGACUUUCAGUUUGUUUUUUACAAUCAAGCUUUCUGCUUUGCAGUUAAGAUCCCAAUCUGAAAUGUUUCUGUGGUUCCCAGCCACAGGUUUUUAUUGCCAUUGUUUUCAAGGACCAACUUCAUUGGAUAUUAACAGUGUCUCUUACAAAUGGUCUCUUUACCUCAGGGAAGAUCACUUUGCUAUUAACUCAUGCUGUUAAUGACAGGCUUUUGAGAAUUAUACUGACAUAUCACAUGUUAGCUACUAAAUGCAAAAUUUGUAACAGUAUUGUUUUACAUAGUUACCUGCUGUUUAGGACCUUAGUAAGAAGUAACCUUUGGGUAUGAAAUAAAACUUGUACGUUCUAUCAUUAGUUAUAUUUCAGUUUGUUGAUGUAGUAAUAAUAUUAUAGUGUUUAUUUCCUAGUAUCAACAGUUUUGUCCUCAUUUUGCAAUAGUAAAUUUAACUGGCCCAAAUUUAAAAUACUGCAGUGCAAUUAAAAAAAGAACUUCGGUUGCCAAUUUUCAUACAUGUACAUAAUCUAUUUUGAUCAUAAUCCCUUUCCUGUUACCUGCAUUUGUCCUCCAUAUCCUUCUAACUAGUCCCUUUACUUUGAUGUUUUACGUUUUUGGUUUUUUUUUUUUGGUCCUUUAUCAUCCAUGACAAAAUGUUGAUGAUCUCAGUAUUGUGCAGGUCUUGUUGCAGACAGGUCAUGAAUACAGUGUCCAAUUCAUAUCUGGAAGAGAGCAUUCCAAAACACUCCUUCCCAUUCUUUGGCUCUUGGGUUCUUUUUGCCACCACUUCUACAGUGUCCCCAGAGCCUUGGAGAGGGUGAUAUAGAUGCUUCCUUUAUUGCUGAGCACUCAACAUUCCCAUAUCCUUGGCACUUUGAUGAAUUUUGAGUCUCCCCAGUAGUUAGUGCUGUCCUGCAGUGCAAAUUUUGAGAGUUUUAUGGUGUUCAUUCCCUCUCUUUGUCUCUCAUUUCAUGAUUCAAAGCAAGGUCUCUGUCUUAAGAUUUUUAUAAAAGUAAAGCCUUGGUUUAAAUUCUACUUAUUUUAACAUAAAUUUAAAGUGACCUUUUAUAACAGGAAUAGAUACAUAUUCUAAGUUGGCUACAUAUGUCCUACUUUUCAAGGUUACAUAAUUUAAUGUAAUUAUAUAACCUAGAAGCUCUCCACAACAUAAGUUAAUUUUUUCAAACUAGAGCAACUCGUGAAAAUAUGCCAUAGUAAAGUGUGUAUUUAAGAAAUAAUAGCAAUGUUGAGUUACAGAGUUAAUAGUUCUGUCAUUCUUUGAGAUGCUAAGUGUUUUCAAGUCAUAGUUAAUGAUAUUUAAAUUGUGGGAUUUUUAAUGUUUAUUCUAAAAUAGAAAUUGUAAUAAUUGAAUUAUUGGAGAAAAUGCCAUUACUUGUAUAUCUGACAGUCAGAAGUUUUUAAUUAUGGAGUCUAUAUGCUUUUGUAGUAUAAUAUUAACACAUUGACUAUACUCUUGUAAAAAGAAAAGGAAAAACUAGUAAAGGAAAAAGUUUUAGUUGAUAUUAUCUGCUUGUAUUAAUUAGUAUUUUACAUUUUAAGGUAUUGCCUACUUUUCUUUAGAAUAAACUCUUUCCUGAGCCUUUAUGCCUGUGGUAGAGCAAUAAAAGAUUGAAAAGAUUAUCAAUAUUUUCAGGUUUAUUUAACUUUAAGAAUUAGUACUAAGAACUGGAAAGUCGUCUACUUUUUGGAGGGAAAUGCUGCUUAGCACUUGUAAAAACAAGAAUAGUGUACUUACUAUAAAUGCUAACAAAUGCUUUAGCAACUUGGUAAAAUUGUAUACAUGUAUCACCUAAAGGCACUAGCUAUCGCUAUUAUCUUAGAUUUUGUGAUUGCUGUACAUACCACAAUUGAGUAAUGAAUAAUUGGUAAUAGUAUAACAGUGUAUACUGUUCUUCAGCACACCUCACUGUACAGUAUUUUAAGUUUCAUACCAAUAAUAAAACUAAGUUAAUAUA